AUGGAGCUUCAGGCUGUAGAAAUGAUCGAUAAUGCUUUGCGGCUAAACGAAACACUAAGUAAGAUCGAUACUUUGAUUGAUUCAGAGGAUGAGUAUACUAGGACUAUUAAUACUGCUCGGUGGGUAAUUAACCUUAUUCUGACGCCCAUCCUCUGCAUCCUCGGUGUAGUUGGAAACAUUCUGAACAUCUUAGUCCUUCGUCGAUGUGGCUUUAAGGACACCAAUGUCCUGCUUCUGGAGUCCUUGUCCCUGGCUGACCUGUUUCUCUCCUUAGUGCAUUCCAUUCUACACGCUCAUUUCAUCGUGGAGUGCUUCGACUUAGUGCUCGCGGCACUGGUUGGUACUUUUAGCUUCGUCUAUCUUUUCGGAGCCUACCAGAUCACGCUGUGCGUCGUGCAGUGCCACCUAGUGAGCAUCGCUGCUGAACGCGUCAUCGCUGUCUACUUCCCGUUCCACGUGGCCAGAAUUUUCUCGCGCUCUCGUGUCUUGAUAAUCAUUGCUUGCAUGUAUCUAUUCUGUUUUGUCCUGAACUUCCCUGGGUAUUUUAUAUUUGAACCUGGGUUGAUGCAUCUACCAGCUUUAAACCAAACAAUCUACACCAUCGCACCGACAAAAUUCUUUUUAGAUAAUUACGACACACUGGGAAACUUUACCAACCUAGGCGUUGGGAUUUUCAACGCUGGGGUGCUCCCCAUCAGCAUCAUAAUAGGCUCCGCCCUGGUGGGGAUCAAGCUACUAAUAAGAAAGAGGCAGUCUUUCCCCAAAGUUAAAAAAAGUGACGCCAACGAUCUGAAAGGUCUGAGACUUCUCAUGGCGGUGUGUGUCGUGUCCGUCUUGUUCACUAUCUCCGGCCUCGUGAUGAUCCACUACUACAACGUCUACAGAAUAAUGUACGGGCCGUUUCACGAGCUGUUGCUGGACAUCACCAAUUUAAUUUGUCAGUUCUUCUCCUCGACCAAUUUCGUCAUUUACGUCACCAUGAGUAAAAAAUUUUACAGAACUUACAGAAUGUUGAUUUGCAGAUUUUAG